AUGAAGCUCUCCAAUUUGAUAGUUUGUCCUUUACUAAGCGCAUCGACAUGUCUCGCACACUGGAACUACGACCGUAUAAUCGUUAAUGGCGAGAUUAUUGGCUCACCAUAUGAAUACGUUCGCAAAACCAACAAUUCCAACUACCCUCUUCAAGACGUCAAUUCCAUAUAUAUGCGCUGCAACUCCGGUGCAGAAUCUGGUGUUGCAAUCAACACCAAAACCUACACCGUUGCUGCUGGCGAUAUGCUAGGCUUCGCAGUCAAGGAUACUUUCGGCCACCCUGGACCACAACAGAUUUACCUAUCUAGAGCGCCAGGCCCUGCCGCUGAGUACGAUGGCUCAGGCGACUGGACAAAGAUCUACAGCUUGACCUAUUCUUUGAACUCGAGCUACGGCGCCAGCGACGGCAUCCUCAAAUGGGCAACCCACAACGCGCGAACGUUCAACUUCAAGCUUCCUUCUGAAACACCAUCAGGCGAAUAUCUGCUCCGCGCCGAAGGUCUCGCGCUCCACGCAGCACAUAAACCAGAUAACUACCAAUUCUAUAUUGCUUGUGCGCAGAUCAAUGUCGUGGGCAGUGGUGUGGGUGUUCUGGGCCCGACGAUCAAAUUUCCGGGUGGAUACCAGUGGAAUUCAACGGGCGUGCUGAUACCAGAGUUUUGGAGUAGGAUUACGAACUAUACGGCUGCAGGACCGACAUUGUGGCCAGAAGGAACAAUGGAGGCGCAUGUUUUGGAUGGCACAAAGAAGACCGGCGCGGACUGA